UCGCGCUCGCACGUCUGAGCCCCUUGCCCGACGCCAAGCAACGUAGCUACUCCAUGGAUCAACCGCGGCGUAGUGGACUUGACACCGCCGUGACACCCUAGACACUACGAAAUCGAGCCGACAUGUUGGCCAAGAUCGUUCUCGUUGCGCUUGUAUCGGCUGCAAUGGCGCUCCCUCAAGCCGAACAGACAGGCUAUGCCUGUCUGAGACUAGAUGUCGACCUACCCAAGAGCUUGCCCGAGAACACAAAGGCCGAGUUCUUCUUCGGAGGCAAUCAGGCUUUCUUCUUUGUGCAAGCAGAAAGAGCCUCACUCCCUGGUACUCUCGGUCUACGCGGUAAUUGGUUCGAGUGGGAGAUCACCGAGUUCCGCUUACACCAUUCCUCAGGGGCCUCGUGUACUUGUGCAGCUACCUGGUACUGCUCGAGUACGACGCCCUACGUCCGCGGUCAUGUCAUAGAUAAGCACGGCAACCCGAUCAAUGUCAACCAAGGCUGUCUUGUGUGCUAUAUCGAGGGCACCGAUGGCAAGCAUUCGCGAGACUGUGAUGUGCCUCUCAACUGCGAGGACACCUCCUGAGCGUCUCUCGGCCGAAUUGCCAACGCUGCUGCAUUGCAAGCCCAAAACAAAUAAUGCAUCCUGCGCCCUCAGUGCUGCUCAAAUUUCGCAUUGAGUGGACUGCUCGAAACUGCUUCGUCACAUGUCGAACCAGACUGCAGCCCUCAUCAGCGCGUGCACAUCGACCACUCACGAAUCCCUGGGCAUGCCUCUGCAAGCGCGUGCGGCCAGCAAUACAAUACGAAUGUCGGCGGAUCGUGCUGGAAAUCAU